GUUCGUCGUUUAUCAAACUUCCCUAGAUUCACUAACGCUCGUAUCACAUGUCGGAACUGUGAUUGUCAGCUUCCUCGAUGUCUGACGCUGAUUUACCGUUUCCGGAGCCAUUGCCGGAGGCAUUACCAGAGGUGAAGGACCACGUGAUUCAUUUUGAUGACGGUGAUAGAGCGGGAGAUCGAUGGCGUGGAGCCUCACACGGCACUGCAUCAGACACUCUUCGUGAUUCAGCCAAUAGUCACAAUGGCGAUUUUCAGGCAAUGCGCUCCGAUAUCCAGACAGACUACGUGGAAUUGCCGCUCCCCUUUGAAUGUGAUCGAUGCCCUCGUUCAUUUUAUAGGGCUAAAGAUCUGCAAUGGCACAAAUACAAGCAUGCGACUGGGCUGGCCUUCAACUGUGAUAAAUGUGAGGGAAUGUUUCCAACAAAUGAUGAUCUUGAAAAACAUAUAUCCACAAAUUGCAAAAAGACUGGAUACGAGCAGCAUUCAGAGGAAGUCAAAGCUUCUAGCAUUCCGUUCAGAAUGCAAAGAUACGAUCUCUCUUCCUCCCAUCGUGAACCGAAACCUCGCGAUUUUGUAGGGCUGGAAACAGCUCCAAUUCAUUUGGAUCCUGUAGAAUUAGACUCAGAUGAUGGCACUCGGAUAAAGUUUAGACGCGAACCAUUAUCUUCGGAGGCACUACCUUCUGCGGUCAAUAGUGAGGUUGGCCCUGUACCAUUUCAAUCUAAUCCAGAUCAAGUUACUGAAAAUAGCCGAGAGCUUUCCGCAGCAAGCGAAAUACUUCCUGUAGAGAUAUCUCGGUCAGAGCGCGAUGAUUUGACAAUAGACGCCUUUGAAACUUUUGAGGAGAUGAAGAGCCGUCAUCGCAGGGAAUUUGACGAUCUACAGCGACGUAUAACACAAAAGAGAUAUGCUGCAACGGACGAAACUAGAAGUGAAAUCGAUAGACUUUGUGAUGACAUGGAAAGACGAUUGAAAAAUCGUCAAUACAUAGAAACGCCAUUGUUGGUGGAUCCAAAUACCCGGAAUCGUCGAAGGACAAAGCAGCUCAAAGCAGAUGGGUCAAAAGAGCAUGCUGCAGCGAUUUCUAAUAUUGAUUCGGAAUUGCAAUGGAUGGAAACUGAGAAGGCUCUUUUACAAACUCUUGAGGCCAAGCAAAGAGAAUUAGGUCCCGACGAUAUAUCCACUAUUGAUACUGUGAAAAAUACUGCUCGUGUCUAUUUCGAUCAAGGAAAGCUAGUCGAGGCUGAACACAUGUAUUUACGAGCUCUGAAUGGUUAUCAAAAUGCCAGCGGUCCUACGCAAUUGCUAAUCAAUGCUGUAAUAAAUAACCUCGGUCGCAUCUAUUACCGGCAGGGUGAUAUGACUAAAGCUGAGGAGAUGUAUGUUCAAGCUUUAGCUAAUUCUGAAAGAUAUCUGGGAAGCAAUCACCCCACAACUCGUAAUACGGCAAACAGGCUCGGCCAUGUUUAUCAAAAGCAGGGCAAGCUCCAGGAAGCACAAAGACUCUUUGGAAAAUCGACUGCUCCGGUAGUAGAGUCAUCUCCAGAUAUAGUCAAAGACGGGGCUCCAGGAUUGAAUAUCUUGCAAUCUGAUUCCAAGUACAGGGAUAACCUCACAGGUACGAGAAAAUUUACCAGCAAUAAUAUUCGAGAUCUUGGGAAAGCUAUUCGAAACAUUGAUGAUUCGCACAGUGUUAGCUCUAAAAAUGAAUUUAAUAUUGUACGAUGGUCUACCUCCGAAGAUGCUUCUUUACUACGAACUAUUGCCAGACUCGGAUUGGAAGAUUGGUCUGCUGUCUCAACGGUAGUUGGAACUAAGACGGCUGAGCAAUGUCACUACCGUUAUCUCAAAUUCGAGAAGAGCUUCGGAAUCGACCCUACCUCUUCUGAUAAAUCUUCGCAGAUCAAGUUUUUCAUGGCUGCUAUUGAAAAGAAUUCUUCGUCAGAAUUGGCACAUUGGUUGCGUGAUCAUAGGAGUAUCUCGGAAGGUGGAGAUGAUAUUGUAUCACGAUUGAAUAAAGACAGCGCCGAACUUAAAGAAAGGGGUAACGAGGCACCUUCCACGGCUGGGUCCAAAUCUCCAAUUGCUAGUAAACCUUUCAGUAAUGAAGAGUUUACCCAAUGGAAGAAUGCCAUGGAAAGUAAAACGCUCGGUGUUGGUAAUCAAUCAAACAUGGAUACCCACAGAAAGAGUUCAAGUCAGCUAUCUGCUGAAUUAGGUCAUGAUGGGUAUGGAUACACAAAGCCCAUGCCGGAAAGAACCACACUCGAAAUCGCGGAGUUGAGAGCUGAAAGAAGGGCAGAGAUUGAGAGACGUUGUGCGGAACUUGAUCCGCCUUUGACCAAAGAUUUGCUAGUCAAUAUGCCCUUAUACAGAACAACUAUCCAAGAUGUUCGUCCUUUGACUGAACUUGGCUGGGAAUUUCUGAAGCAAAAUUUUCUAGCGGAGCGCACUAUUGCAGAGUUAGAGUCCAGUGAUUCGUCGAGUUUGUCUCCCAUCAAGAAAUCACACAAUGGGUCUAGUAGAGAGUAUACGGAUAGCAUGGUCGUUGAAAGGGACAUCAUGGUCAACGAGAAGCAAAAAGCUGUUGCUGACGAACGGCAACAUGGGUUCAAUUCAGAAGUUCUUGAUUCUGCCUUCAUCGAAAGCCAAAAAGAUUUCACAGCUUCAACUAACGAACAAACUUUGAGUUCUGAUCGAUCUGAUGAAUUCCACCUGUCCAUGAGUCCAACUAGCGAAGCUCACAACCUUACUCAGUCUGAAUAUUCUUUGGAGGCAAAGGAUAGUUCGGCUGGAUACCAGGGCCGUGCAGACUUUUACGACACAAGUAUUGCCAAGAGACUUCGACGGUCGGAGAAUUAUCAUGAUUGGGCUGUUCUUAUUCAUGGUCCCGGAACAGAAAGCCAUGAAGAGAAGCGGAAGGUACCUGACUCUGUUAUGGCUGAACAAGAUGGUAUGAAACAGCAUACGCCUGAUGAUCGGCUGAAAGACAUUGUGAAGCCAUCCCAAGAUCAAAGAUCGGUGGAAAAAUGGACAAAUACUCCCGAGGUUCCGGCCAAGUCACAGACUGUUGACUCGCAGGAUAUUGAAGAGAAGCUGGCGGAGACGGCAUAUGAUUUGGCAGAGUUAAUGUUAGAGAAGUCACAAUGGCUAGGUCAAAUGGAGGGUGAUGAACUGGAUCUUGCGAUAAGAACGCUGGUGAAGGAUGUCCACAGCAAAUUGCAUGGGAAAGGUUGGCCACGAACAACAUUAGCGAUGCAUCGAGAAGUCCAUAUCGAAGCAAUUCAUGAUCUUCUUAUGCGCCAUCGAAGUGAUCAAGGCCUGGCAUUUUCAAACCUAUCGACAUUUCCAUUGUCUGAAAAUAGCAUAAACAAUGAUUCUUGUUCGGGACAGCCCAUCGAGGACAUUCCUGACGAUCAAAGCGACAACUCCUUCGAGUUCUCCGCUACAGAAUCCGUAGUAUCGGUUGCAGAUAGUAUAUUUUCAGCAAUGUCACUCGCUACGGGAUCCUCGAUGUCAUCAUUCUCGGCCUCUCAGACUGCGACUGACCGCUUAGUUCGUUUACUACUCGAAGAUGCGACCAUAAAGUCGCUCUGCGAGGAUGCGUUGCGGGAAAAUGGAAUGUCUCGGGAACGAUUUGAGCGGAAUCUUAGCCGUCUAUUGAAGGGCUUUGCCGUCGAAUUACGAAAAGAAGCUCAAACUCGAGAACAGCGACAGGCCGCACAUCUUGUUCGUUUUCGCGCAAGAAACUCUGCGCAUGUGAUUUGUAGCACUCUUCGGAAGGAAAAGGGACAAAAGAAUUCAAAUAAUGUCAGUGACUCAGGUGCAGCUAAUCUUUUGAAUAUUGAGGAAGCAGAAAUGGAGUGCGAUUUGGACAUAGAUGACGAUUCGGAUAGUGUAUCUGAGAGUUCUGAAGAUUCUCCAGAUGAUUUUCAACAUCUUGAACUAUUUGUCAAGGACUCACAAGCUUUCGGAUUGUUUCGGGAGAAACUACGGAUUUUCAUUCAUCCACAAAAAGCACAGCUGGCGACUCUAUCAACACCGAUGGUAGCCAGUCGACGAAAUAGUUUAUCUUCGAAGUCACACAACUUAGCAAUUCCAUUAUCCGAAAUACUUGAUGAUGUCAAGGAAGAACUUGUUGAGGCGCCGAAAGAUGUAAGGGGAGGUAGAACUCAGCGCAUGGAAUUGGAAUAUCUCGAACUAUCAUCAGCAGAGACACAGUCGGAGAUAUACGAAUCAAUCUGGCAAAGGUUGGCACUAUUUUCUAAUGCGAUUUCGAUAUGGGGAAGACCGCCAGUUGCACUCGGAAAGACACGAAUUGAAUGGCGCUGUAAAUGUGGACAUAGUAUUUAUGAUGAUUUCACUGAACUCCGUCCUGGAGCAGCAAAUCGACUUAAGCAAGCUCUCACGAAUAACGAAUCUGGUAACACUAGUACAGAUCGAAGUUCAAGGUUCAGUGACUGCAGCAGAUCCUUUUCGAAUAGCUUAUCUUCCAUUUUCACAGUCUGGGCUUCGAACUCCUCGAGAAAAAGCCUCUCUUCUGGCCUACCCACCCACGAACCACCAAAGAAUCAACUCGAUUCGAACAAUCCAAAUACGGUAGAACCAAUAGUGCUUCCAGUGGAGAAUGUGUAUCUUCUUCUAUGUUACCCAUCUGGCCGCUACGCUACUCGACUCCUGCAGCUGGGUCUUCACAAUCUCGAACCUAAAUCUGAUCAAUCCCUCUUCAAUACACUUAGAACUAAUUAUAAAUCAAUGAGAGGUCGAUUCUUGAACCUGGUAUCAUUGAAGACUCUCAAAUCGAUAAAAUUUGUCCACUUCGAGAUGUAUCGCAGCUCUCUCAUCGACGUGCGUCAAAAGGACGUCAUACCACCUCCCGACCACAUUGAAUAUCGUUACUCGCCUGCACCUCCCGAAGUGAUUCCCCCAAUUGGUGACAAUCAUCUCAUGCACCUCUUUCUGCAUCCCGAUCAUGCCGACGAAGAUACUGUGUGUCUUGACAGAUUCCCUAAGAAGUUGAAGGAGAAGCUUUCUUGUAGAAAAGGACAGCCUACAAACUUUGGCUGGGGACUAGAGUUUGUGGAAGGUUGGGACAUGAAAAGCAUUUGGAUAGUUGCUUUUAUUGUCUUUGGGAUUGGAAGUUUACUGCUUGGAAUUCUUUGGGCAGUUUAUAAGCAUAGUAUUCAGGAUGCCUUUGCGAUCGCGGGUUACAUGGUUAGCUUUACCGCGAUCAGUGUGGGAGCCAUACAGAGUUUAUUGGUUAUGUGAGGUGACAUUUUGACCUACCGGACUGGAGAGAUUCCUUACCCUGUAUCAUCUAGUAAAGUUUCGCAGAGCAAAUAGUA